AUGACAGGAUUGCUGGAUCUCCCAAACGAGGUGCUCUCUCGGAUCGCCACACGCCUGAGCGACGCGGAUCACGGAUCGUUAUUCAAUCUGGUUCUUGUAAACAUGCGCCUGAAUUUCAUCGCCAGGCCCUUUCUGGUCCGGCGCUGGCCUCCAAGAGGGGGGGUUUUCCACGGGCACCGCCCAGCAUAUGAUCGCUUCGCAUUGCAUCUAUUGCGCAACCCGACUCUCCGGCGAUACAUCAGAGUCCUGAACGUGGACGACCCUUCUACACGCCAAGAUAGAGAUGAUGAUGUGAGAAUGGCCGUCAGUCGGGAUGAGCUGGAACAGAUUGCGGAUGCGGGCCUCCAGAACUGGCCCGCGCUUGAAAGACUCUCGGAAUGGAGGGAGCAAAUUCUGGAGGGUGUAGACGAUGCUUUCGUCGUGUUGUUCCUCCUAUGGGCGAGCGAUUUGGUGGAGUUCAACUUGAUCGUGCCUCUUAUCGCAGACAUGAGGCAAGAUGGCGAAGAACAGUUGACCUUGAGUUUCAUGAGCCAACUUGCCCGAAGGUUCCGCGACGUCCCCGAGGACGUUUAUCCGGAUUACCUCCCCCUCGUCAGAUUGCAGUCCGUCCAAUACAAACAUUGGAACACGGAAUUUGGUGUGCAGGGCCAGUUUGCGGCGCCAUUCUUCUAUCUACGAAGCAUGCGAUCCUUUUUCGGGUACAGGAUUGAGAUGCCUCGUCCACAUAUCGAAGAAAAUGAUGAAGGUGGCAAUGGAGAUGACAACAAUCCCCAAAGUACAUAUCUCACCGUGUUUCCCGUUGGGACUUCGCCUGUCGAGGAAAUUAUUCUCGAUUAUUCUGACAUGUGUUUGGAGGCGGUGGAAACUUUCAUUCGGGCGCCUCGCAGGCUGAGGACCUUUGCCCUGGAUUUCGGGAACGUUUUGGAUACUCGAGAAGUUGAUUCCAGUCGACUGGCCGAGCUUCUUGUUGCCCGGGCGGAUUCUCUUCAGAAUCUUGCGCUUGACUGGGGCAAUUCACCGGUCUUGGAAAUCACGGCUCGGGGUCCGCUAAAGAUCGAGCAAUGCUUCCAGAAACUCCACCGCCUCGAGUAUCUCGAACUUCCACUGUACAUGCUGUGCGAAGACGGCGAGAUCGAUGGGCAGACUUUCAUCUCACUUAACUCGCAGCUACUCCCGAAAUCACUGAGAUGCUUGUGCUUAGUGGGAGGCGCGUAUUGGAAAUUCGAUAGCGAGGUAGGAAGAAACAAGAUGGUGGAUAGUGUUGAGGCGUUCAUACUCAAGUGUGGUCCGGGGGGUGAAUUCCCGAAUAUGGAGGCAUUGGAGCUCAUAUUUCUCACUGAUCCCUCCCGUGAGGACAACUACAGGCAGCGCUUAACGGAGAUAGGUCACAGAAAGAAUGUGAGAGUGGUAUUCAACCGAUAUAAAUGGCGGACAUGGCCUAAAUAUCACUGA